AUGGCUGAAGACGAUAACAAUGCUCCACCCAUGGGAAGGUUUGGCGACAUCCUUAGAUCGGGAGUUGAUUACCCGGGGGAGUUUGCCUAUGCACAUGACAAUGUCAACAUCCCACCUCACUACAUUAGUUUGGUGAAUGGUGGAAAUCUUUUCCAUGGUCGAGAUGAAGAAGAUCCGAUGAGUCAUUUGAAUGCCUUUUAUGAAUUGACGAACUCUCAUAGACCUCCAAAUGUAGAGCAUCAUCGGAUUAAGAGGGCCUUAUUUCCUUUCUCAUUGAGAGAGAAAGCAAGGGAAUGGUAUGACUCACUACCGGGCUACAACAUAGCAACAUUUGAGGAGUUGAAGUCGAAGUUUCUCUUGGAGUACAAUUCUCCAAUGAAGAUAGAGAAGUUGAGAGAGGAGAUCACUUCAUUCCGGCAAAAGUAUGAUGAGUCAUUUGCCGAAGCUUGGAAGAGAUUUACAGACUUGCUAAGGAAAUGCCCAAGUCAUGGUCUAGCUCCGGGGCAUGAUCUUUUGAAGUUCUACAAGGGACUUAAUCAUGAAGGCACAGGGUUGGUUACUGCAGGUUCGAGUGGGAACUUGGACGAUUUGACCCAUGAUGAGGUGAGAGCGCUAUUUCAAAGAUUAGCGAACAAUCAGAGGAAUUGGCAUAAUCCAAGGAAGAUGGCCGCGGGAGAUACAUUUGGUGCUACUAAGGAGUCGGAAAGAGUGUCAGCUAUAGAAGCUCAAAUGGCUGACUUUAGUACUCAAAUUUCGUCGAUGACGAAUGCUGUCAAAUCUAUGCAGUUGACUCCUCAACCCCAAGUUGCGCCUAUGAUGAAGUGUGGAGUGUGUCAAGGAGGACAUUAUACAGAUCAAUGUCCUAGUUUGCAAGGAGCACCAGUGGAGGAUGUGAACUACAUUGGCAACAAUCGUCAAGGUUUCAACCAAGGAGCUCAAUAUACCAAUCAACAAAACUGGAGGCCUCAACAAGGAAACUGGAAUCAAGCUGGUCCUAGUAACGCUUCUGGCAACCAAUGGAGAAACAACACUCAAUCUCCGAGUUUUGAGACGAAGCCAUCUAGUGAUGAUCAAGUUGCGCAGAUCUACUCCUUCAUGAUCAAGAAUCAAAAGGAGAAUGAUCAAUUCAAGGAAAAAGUGAAUGAGAAGUUUGGCCACAUCGAUGCCACAAUGAAGAAUUUGGAGAUGAUGAUAGGUCAACUUGCAACGGUUGUUCCCUAUGGGUCAGUGCCACUAAAGACGUACCUACCAGAUGGUGAUAUUGAUUUGACCAUCCUAAAAGGUCCAAAUGCGGAGGAAUCUUUGCCCCAUGACGUUCUCUCUCUUUUAGAGGCUCAAGAAAAGAAUGAAGAUGCUGAAUACCAAGUAAAGGACACUCAGUUUAUUGAUGCUGAGGUCAAACUUGUGAAAUGCUUUGUGCAGAACAUUGUGGUUGAUUUAUCCUUCAAUCAGCUUGGUGGACUUUCAACACUCUGUUUUCUUGAGCAGGUUGAUCGUCUUGUUGGGAAAAAUCACGUCUUUAAACGUAGCAUUAUCCUGGUUAAGACUUGGUGCUAUUAUGAGAGUCGUAUACUUGGGGCACACCAUGGUUUAAUUUCGACAUAUGCUUUGGAAAUUCUUGUCUUAUACAUAUUCCAUUUCUUCCAUUCAUCGCUGAGUAGCCCUUUGUCGGUCCUCUAUAGAUUUCUGGAUUACUACAGUCAGUUUGACUGGGAUAAUUAUUGCAUCAGUUUAAAAGGUCCAGUUCAUAAAGCAUCCCUGCCAGAAAUAGUUGUGAAGAUGCCCGAACACCGGUGCAACCGUCUGCUGCUUACUGAAGAAUUCUUGAACAGGUCCAUGGAACUGUUUUCAGUUCCAUCCAGGGGACUUGAUGCAAACCCGAAAGCAUUUCAACCAAAACAUCUGAAUAUUAUUGACCCACUGAAGGAAAACAAUAAUCUUGGGCGCAGUGUACACAGAGGAAAUUUUUACCGCAUAAGGAGUGCAUUUAAGUUUGGUGCUCACAAGCUCGGUCAGAUUCUUUUACGCCCAACAGAUGAAGUUGGAGAGGAGAUCCGUAAGUUUUUCUCAAAUACCCGUGCAAGACAUGAGCAUCAACAUCAAAGUGGCGCUGGACCCUUUGCCCUAGAAUUUAGUGAUGAAGAGUCGUUGAGUGCAUCUUUAUCAUCCCCGAUUGAACUGUUAUCUGAUGAUGACAUGCUUGGAAAUUCUUCCAUCAGUGAUUUUGAGAAUGGAAGUGUCUCUGAUGAACAGAUAUCUAUAUUAGAGUCUAGUGGUGAGCUAGACAGGCACUCGACGAAGGAAGAUUCACCUGAGAUGGCCUCGGAAGCUUGCGAUUCUGCUGAUGAGGCUUUUGUUUCAAGGAGGAAGUAUGGCCUUGCAACAUCUCAUUCACAUUCAAGGAGUGACAGGCAAGCUUAUGCAUUAAGCUCCAGUAAUGGCGGAUCUUUGCCUGAUAAUCAUUUCCAUAAACUGCAUUAUCUUGCCUCAAGAUCAUCUGCAGAGAGUGGAACCUCAGAGGAUCACCAAAUUAGUUCAGCAUGUGAUUCCGAGAAGUUUGGCUUCAAUCCCUGGUUGAAGAACAGAGAAGAAUGCGUUCAAAUGGAUAACACAUUUCAAUGGUGUAUGGACAACCAUGAAGCUGCCUGCAGCUGCAUUACUGGUUCUAAUUCGACUUCAAAGGCAAGCAUUCUUGAAAAUCGGCCUCUUGAUUUUAGAGAAAUUGACUCUGCAAGCGCGGGAGGCGAAUCAGAAACUUUCAAUCCACUAGCUGAUCUAACUGGAGAUUACGACAGCAACAUUAGGAGCUUGCUUCGUGCUCAACUCUGCCAUGGCUUUGCGUUAUCUGCAGCAUCUUCCAAGAAUCCUUCAUCACUGCCUUCAAAUAUCCAAAAGAAGAAGCCAUGGGAAGUUGUUCGUAAAUCAAUAAUACUCAAGGAGAAAGAGUUCCCAAAAAUUGAUUUACACUUCAUGCCCACGGACAACAUUAUGUAUGCUAGCGUGGAUUCUACCUUACUUGGUUCCCCGCGUCGUGAAGGAACAGAGAAAGCUCGAGGACUUGGCACCUACUUCCCGAAUAUGAGUACUUACUACAUGGAGAGGCCUUCCAAUUGGAGAGGAAGGAAUAACUUUCCAGGCAACCAAAAUUACCACAAAUACAGCCAUAGUAACGGCUCAUACCCUGCUGUCGAGUCACAUUGUUCCAUAAAUGGCAUCCGUGAUGUGCUACCUGCACAAAGAGGACAAAGAAAGAGGCCAGAUGUAACGUGUCAAUCUCCUCGUUCACCUGGAGGUGGGAAUCCGAUCAAUGGGUGCAUAAUCGAGUUUGGUUCUGUCGGGAACCUUGCAGAAGAGGUCUUAUCAAGCUCAGCUAUGGCCGCGGAAACACAGGGAGGAAGGGUUGCAGGGCAGUCGAUCCACCUGAAGAAUGAAGACGAGUUCCCUCCUCUGUGCCUAUGAACUUGUACAGAAGAGCCGAUGGGGGCAAUGCGGAUUCAGAGACUAACUAUAAACGGCAUGACUUUUAAGUAGGUAGCCAUAACCACUCUCGUACGAUUCGUACGUGGGAUACAGUGGUAUAGCGUUCGGGUUCAAUCGUGUGAACUUAGCUCCAUCGAGCCAUUGUUACCGAUGAACUAAGGUCAGGUUUGGUGGUGAACAAUCUUUUAUAACUCAACUUCUCAUUCCUUGUUAUCAAUUGGCAAGACAGCAAAUUUGAUGUUCUAAACUAUCUAUUCUAUAAUUUAAGAAGCAGCUUUUCAAUCACCCAUUGAUGAUUGGAAACUAGUUUGAUGGAA